ACCCCACCUCUUCAGUCGCCAGAACCCUCCUCGCGCGAGUCUGUGUCGGCUCGCAACCGCCAUGGAGCCCUCGCCGCCGACCACCACCACCGUCCCCAACGCCGCCGAAGGAGCGGAGCUGUAUCCCCCCACGACCUCAUCCUCUCUCUUCCCUCUCUUCCCCCUCUCCGCUCCCACCUCCUCCGCGCCCGCCGCCGAAUCCCAGCUCUCAAACCCUAGCUUCUCCUUCGACGCAUCCUCCCUCAACAUCCCGGCCACCAUCUCCUCCUCCCUCCCGCCGCCUCUGAGCCCCUCAUCUGACAAGGAGGACGCGGCGCCACGGCCCGCCCCUGCGAAGUACGAGCUAGUGCCCUCAUCGCCGUCCUCCGACGAGGAUAGAGGGUCGCGGAGGAAGGAGAGGGGGAGGAGGAAGCGGAGGCGGGAUAAGGAGCGGUAUGAUGGGGCGGCGGCGUCUCGGAAGCCUGGUGUUCGAGCCUGGGAUGGGUCGGAGACGAAGCCGGCUAAGGAUUACUACGUCGACGCGAAGGGCGACCAUGAUAACCUGGCGUUUGGAUCCCUCUACAGAAUGGACGUUGCACGCUAUAAAUCUCAGAGCAUGCUGGAGGCACACGGUUUGAAUCGGUUUGUAUUUUAUAACUGGGGACUUCGUACAUCACAUAUGGAUCGAGAUUCGGACUUAGAUGGACUGGAUAACAAAGUAAGAGCUGGGGGUCGUUACUACUCGGCAAAAAAUGCAGUUUUUGAAAGAAAUAAGGGUUUCAAACACCUGAAAGUAUUUAAGAGGGAUUCUUUUGCAAUGCUCGCUGAAGAUUUUGUCCCCUUAGAUACACAAUCACUUUCUGUGAAAAGCACAGUUGCAGAACAAGAACUGGAGGAAUCUUGGGAAGAUGAAAUACUUCGGAGAACAAAGGAAUUCAAUAAGAUGACUCGAGAACAUCCUCAUGACGUAAAAGUUUGGUUGGCUUUCGCUCAGUUUCAGGACAAAGUUGCCAGUACCCAGCCACAAAAAGCAGCUCGUUUGCAAACUGCUGAAAGAAAGAUUAGCAUACUGGAGAGGGCUGUGGAGCUUAAUCCAGAUAAUGAGGAAUUGUUGCUUUGCCUUCUGAAGUCAUAUGGUGAGAGGGAUAGCACUGAUAAUCUCUUGGGUAAAUGGGAGCAGAUACUUACAAAACACCCAGAUAGUUGUACGUUGUGGAAACAAUAUCUACUUCUGUGCCAAGGGGAAUUCUCCAGAUUCAAAGUUUCUGAAAUACGGAAGUCUUAUGUGUAUGCUGUACAGGCUCUAUCUGCAGCUUGCACCAAGCUAUGUAGGCAGGAUAGUCAAAAUUCUGAUCCUAAGGCAUCAUACUCUUCCUUAGUUCAGCUUGAACUUGGUUUGGUGGAUAUAUUUGUGAAUCUUUGCCGAUUUGAGUGGCAGACAGGACAUCGAGAACUAGCAACUGGGUUAUUUCAGGCUCAAAUGGAGUUUAGCUUAUUCUCCCCUCCCCUGUAUCUGACCACUAGUAGUAAGCAAAGGCUCUUUGAACACUUCUGGAAAAGUGGUGGUGCCAGAAUAGGGGAAGAUGGGGCUCUUGGGUGGUCUGCAUGGUUAGCAAAAGAUGAGGAGAGUAGACAAAACUUGGUUAUGCAAGAGAAUUCACAAGAGACUGAAGUAGGAGGCUGGAGUGGUUGGUUUGAUCCAAACAGUGAUCCAAAUGAUUUAUCUAACAAAUCACUGGAACCAUCAACUGAUGGAAAUGAUGCUGAAGACCUUGAUGCUGAGGACACCCCUGCACAAGAUGAUGUUGAAAAUUUACUGAAAAAGCUCGGUAUUGAUGUAGAUGCAGAGUCCAAUAGUGAAGUUAAAGAUGCAAAAACUUGGAAUAGAUGGUCCUUGAUGGAGUUGUCAAGGGACAAUGAACAAUGGAUGCCUCUUCAUGAAAAAUCUGGAGGAUCGCUUCAUUCUGAUGAUGCUCCAUCUGGAGAAGACAAUGAUCAGCUUUCCAGAGUAAUCUUGUUUGAGGAUGUAACCGAGUUCCUGUUUUCUUUAUCUUCAGAGGAGGCUCGCUUUUCUCUGAUAUGCCAAUUUAUCGAUUUUUAUGGUGGCAAGAUUUCUAGAUGGACGUCCACAAACAGUUCAAGUUGGCUCAAUAGAAUUUUGAGCUUAGAGAUGAUUGCGGAUGACAUUUUGGAAGAUCUCAGUGCUGUAUCUGACCUUGUAAACAAGAACCAAAAUUCAAAUCAUUAUAAAUUGGAAUCAUUAUUAGAAAGUAUACACGAUCUUUCUCAAAGGCCUGGCCUGGUGAAGUUUCUGAGAAAUGCAAUACUGCUUCUGCUUGACAUUUUCCCUCGUAAUCAUAUCUUGGAGGAAGCUGUUCUUGCUACUACCCAAAUGUAUACUGCUCAAGAGAAUUCCUCCUCUACCCCAGUGAAUGCAUCACGGGCUUUGGCCAAAACUCUGUUGAAGAAAGACAGACAGAAUUUUUUGCUUUGUGGGAUAUAUGGGCAAAUUGAGGCUAUGCAUGGGAACAUUGAACAAGCAAGGAAGAUAUUUGACAUGGCACUAUUAUCUACCGAAGCAACUACUGAGGAUCUUAGGAAGAAGGUUCCUAUUCUUUAUCUUUGGUAUGCUGAGAUGGAGAUAGCAGCGUCCAAUUCAAGACACAACUCUGACUCGACACAUCGUGCAAUUUACAUUCUGUCCUGCUUAGGGAGCAAUGUAAAGUACGCUCCUUUUGUUGGCCCAAUAUCAAGGCCUCAGGUCUUGAGGGCCCGUCAAGGCUUCAAAGAGCACAUUAGAGGCUUACGAUCUGCAUUUUCUUGUGGUGGUAUAAAAGAAGAAUCUAUUGCUCUAAUUUGCUCAGCUUCUUUGUUUGAAAGUAUGACAUCGGGUUAUUCUUCGGGUCUUGAAGUGAUAGAGGGGAUCUUUCCUAUGUCAGUUUCAGAGAGCAGUCAUAGCUUGGAAUUUGAAGGCUUGUGGGUGUAUUACAUCAAACUGCUUCAGAAAAAUCUUACCCAGUUGAGUCUCUCAAGGGUUUGGCCUAGCAUAUCACAAGGAAUGCAAAAAUAUCCCUUCAAUCCAAAAUCAUAUUCAGCCAUGUUAACCCUGAGCUGUCUUUAUAGUGUCUCCAACAAUCUGCGUCUUACACUUGACAAAUGUAGUCAAAGGGAUCCUUCUAUAAUUUCCUUGCUCUUUGCGUUGUCCUUUGAAUGGAACAAAGCAGGAUCUGACAAUAGAAUACACAGUCUGUUUGAGAGAGCUCUAGCUGAUGAUAAGUUACAUAAGUCUGUUCUGUUGUGGCGCUGUUAUCUAGCUUAUGAGGCAGAGAUAUCUUGUAAUGCUUCUGCAGCACGUCGUGUGUUCUUCAGAGCUAUACAUGCCUGUCCAUGGUCGAAAAGAUUAUGGCUUGAUGGGUUCCAAAAGUUGAGCUCAAUUCUAACCCUGAAAGAGUUGUCCGAUCUCCAGGAAGUGAUGCGUGAGAAGGAAUUAUACAUCCGCACUGACAUCUACGAGAUACUCUUAGAAGAUGAGGCAGAUAUAUGAUAAAAUGUUUCUCUGGUUUGCAUCCAGAAUUUCAGGUCUGUCCUGCAUGACCAUUCUUUGUGGUUGUUAGUUUCCAAGGUUUAAACGAAGAUCUAUGUUGCACGGAUGCUUCCUAGAUGUGCCGUGUCGCCGUCCAAAACGCGGGGAUAUUAUCCCCGUGUAUAUUUUUUAUUUAAAAUAAAUACAAAAUAAAUGGGAUACUUCGGGGAUACUCCGUCGGCUUCAAGAGAUCAUGGCGCAGCUCUCCGCGAUAGGUGCAUGGAUGGAAAUGGUCAGGGCCACAAUUGUCUAUGGGGGUUCCUCAUGGUGGUGCUUCGAUGGGGUUGACGGCGAGGAAUCCCGAUCCAACUCGAUGGUUGUGGAUCCAUGGCAACAAGCGGUCAAAGAAGUGAGGUUGAGUUCCAGAGGAAUCGGGUAGGGGCCUACCAUGAGCAGUGAAUUUUUGGUGACGAGGAGAUUCUGUCCAGCGGCUGGCACCAGGGAAGAAGACGCUGAGUCCAAGCUUCACGGCUAGGAAGGGGGUGAAGGGGGUGUAGAAGAGCUCUAGGCAUGCUGUGCAAUGGCACUGCCAUGUUCGUGCUCUCCGGCAACGAGCGGCCGCGGGGCUCGGUUAGAGGAGGGGCGGGGAAGAUGCAGCACAUCCCAGGGAACCGAUUUGCGGUGGUUGUGGCAAUAGUGGUGGAUGGAGGAAGAGCCACCAUGAGCAGCUAUGCUCAGGCUGACAGCAAGAAUGGGGAAGAUAGGAGCAGCUGCUGCUCCUUCAUUCCCUCCUGAUCUUCUGACUUUUAGCAGAUAUUAGAAGGGGAAGAUUGAGUUCUUGUCACUUCUUGAUGAGCUUAGCUUUAUCCUAUAUUUCUAUGAUAUUGUUAUGUUAUAUUGUUAUGUAAUGCACAAUUCGACUAUGGUUAUAGUAUUGUAUUUGGGGUUUACCGUA